ACAAAACCCUUGUUGUCAGAACGAAAUUUUUGUGUAUCAUCACCGAACCAAGUUACAGCCUAACGUUUUACGGAUAAAUUUAAAUUUCUUUAGUCAUAUAUUACAGCACAGUUAGACUAUCUUAUUCUUAAAGAAAACUGUACAAUUUUGGAACUUAAUAUCAACAUAUCUUGACGAGAAACAUACUUCAUCGACAGCUGAAGGCGAACGGAAUUUCGUAUAUUCUUUUGAACGAAACAGCUUUUGGCGCCUAUUUACAACAGACUGGAUUUGUGGACUUCGCCCAAAGCAGUAUUGGUAAAGAUUUGAUAUUCAGUCGGGAUAUAUUCGAACUUCGUAGCGAAAACGAGAGAUGUUUUCUUCGCUGACUAGCUAUAUUUGGUCAAGUAGACCUGAGGACCAAACUGUGCCAGAUAUAAGUGAUGAAAAUGUUGUGGAACAAGGGGAAGACGAAUGGGUUUUGGUCGAUUUUGUGAACAAAAAGUCAGAUGAAAACGAAACGGAUAAAAAACGUAAACAAAGUGCAGGGCCUGUUCAACAGAGCGACAAUGUUUUGGAAGAAAGUUGGUACGUUACACCUCCGUCGUGUUUUAAUGCAAGCCAGGAGGACUUCCUCAGCUUGCAGACAAGCCCUUUGGAGAACUUACUAAUAGAACACCCAAGCAUGUCAGUUUAUGGUGGCGCAAACGAAGCUUGGGUUGCAGUCGAGCAGAGCGUCGCGGAGGAAACCCCUGACUCCGAGGACGAAAAUAGCAGCGAAAAUGCUGUCGAAACUCGUGCUCAUUCGCACCGAAGAGCUGUACGAACGGUGGACAAGGACGUAGAAUUAACAAGACAUGUUCAAAAGAAGGUCCUAGAUCAAAAUAAGAAGCAGUACAGAAAGAAAAAAUUGCAAAAACAAAACCAAACCCACAUACGCGUAACUCGUUCUCGACGCAGACAGAAGAAAGAUGACCGAAAACAAAGCAAGCAUAGCACAGUUUAUAGCAACCGAGGUUGCUAAUCUAAAUCUUAGCUGAUUUAUAAGUUUUUGGUUUUUAACCGGUAGUAUUUGGCUUGUAUUUUAAACCACAAGCUCUAUUUUAAACUCGGUUCGCAUAUUUUAGUGUUGUAUUUAAUUAAUUUUAACUGGUCAAGCUCGUGGGGUUUCCCUGACUGUAAUAAAAUCUAUAUUAUCGUGUAGAAAAUUUUGUAUAUUAUUAUAUAUGUGUAUGUAGGAAAAUAUUUAUAAAACAGGACAAAAAAUAAUGUAUAUGCAAUUAUUAUUAUUACACUCGUGCACGAAAUCUCUCAGGUGCAAUAUGUAUAAAAAAUAAAAUUCCUUUUAUAAAAAUGCAAAUUCGCAGUCGUCUGUCGGUGUGUGAUAUCUGUU